AUGCUGGCUGAUUCGAUUGGAAACCAGCUUGCGGGAGGCGACGCACCGAAACUCCGAACCGCAUGCGAGAAUUGCAGACAAUCCAAGGUCAAGUGCAAUUUGUCCGGCAAGAACGUGUGCACUCGCUGUCUUCGGAAUGGACUACAGUGUCAAUAUGGAUUCGCAAAUCGCUCCGGUAAACCCAAGGGAAGUAAAAAUCGGGCGACGCUGAGGAAACUGGGCCAAUUACCGGAGGAAAAGCCCCCUGCUCGGGGAUAUCGUGGUGGCCGUCUGGGGCACCCUGUUGUAGAUCACGAGCCGUUGGUGAACGCGGGCUAUCAGAUGCAAAUGGGUGAGGGACUGAUAGAUGAUGAUGUCUGCUUGAUUUCGGGCCCGCCCAGUCUUUGGGAUAGCCCGCGAGGCCUGAGUACCGUAUCUCUGGAAACGCCUAUAUGUCCCUCGCAGAUGACAUCGGUGGGUGGCUCGCCCUUUGCCGACUUUAUGGAUGCUUGCCCUCCCUUCUCCAUCAGUCUGGGAUACCCGCAAACUCCAGUGACACCCACUUUUCUCGCAUCGGAUCCACUGGGAGAUGACAUAACAAGCCCAACACUUAGUGGCUCGGUGGCCUCUCCGUACCCAGGACUAGUAUCGUGUGAAUGUGUUGACAUGCAGUUGUUUCAUAUGAACCGACUGAACCAACUCAUAGCCGAGUCCCAGACACUCCGCUUCGACCAGAGCUUGCAGGCAAUCAAAGCGACUUUUUGCGCCGGCAGAAUUUUUCUACGGUGCGGGAUAUGUGCCAAGGACAGUUCCAAUCUGCUGCUCCUCAUUUCCGUUCUCAAUUUGACCCUGCAGCUAUUCGAAUAUUGGAUAUCGCGGGAGGCUUCUCGAGUGCCACGAGCGGAUCACGGAGUCGAUAUUAGAUACGGAUACUACGAGGUCCAUCACGAGGAGAACCUACAGAUACGGACAUUCUUAUUACGGAGUCUACUCCUGCAGUGUAGAGAGUUACUCUCACUGCUAUCGACGACUGUCAAUACCUCCUCUCUGGACGUUGAGAACUCUGCCGUGGCCGGGACAACUACUGGAGAAACCGAACACCAGCCCUGGUCGUCUCCAGGUAGUCUAUGUACCCCAUUCCCCGACCUUGAUCCCGCGUUGUUGAAUCAUGGUGAUUCUGAGAGCAAGUGCCUGCUGCCGAUCGUCACGGGUUACGAAGCAACUGUGGAUGUAUUCCUUCAGGCCGUGUCGACGAACGAGUGCAUUUGUGGAUCCAAGUUUCAAGAUGAACCUCUUGAGUUAUCUUGCUUGGACAUAUCGUUAUGA